AUGGUGAAGUUGGCGACGGCGCGUGAGGGGAGGCUGUACGGAUCAGGGCGGACUCGAGAGAGAUCGGAGUAUACGAACGCAGGACUUUACGUGUUCUCGACGAUUGUGUUGCUGUGUGGUUUCGUGGCGCAGUUUUCCAGGGAGGCGAAAUCGGGACUGGUGGUUUUGAUGAUAGGAUUAGGUUUAAUAGUAGUUGUGAACAUACAUGAUCUGUUCGCACAUCUCGCCGCCAUUGAUUACCAGAUGCGGCUGAUGGAGCUGGAUGCUCAGAUUCUGUUCGUUGAAGUUAUGGUGCCCGUCGUUCAGGCCGUCGGAGGACUUCUAUUUUUUAUCGCAAUUCUUUUGCUCGUCCUCCAGGCGGAUAGAGGAUUUGGUUAUGAGGGGAUUGAGGGACAUGCUCUAAACAUGGUUAUUGCGGGGAAUUCAUUAUGGGUUGUUGGGUCCAUCCAUAAUUCAUGCCAGUUUUACGAGCACGUAGACGCCCACAUUCAAAUACUGCAACACGCUGUCCAGAUCCCCUUCUUGAUGGGUAGCUUCUUGUUCUUGGUGGGAGCCCUUCUCAACUUCAGAGACCAACUUGGACAUACUCAUCAUGGUCUGCAUUUGUUGACACAUACAUGGGUGUGGAUUGGUAUCAUUGCAAGUUCGUUGUUGGUUAUUGGGGGGUUAACAAAUGUUGUUAAAGUGGUGAAGAUGAUAAACAUGGAGAUGGAGGGAUUAAGUUUGGAGAAACUACGUGGCGGAGCACAAGAACAACUGUUUCAUGAUGAAGAUGGGCAAAUACCAUUUCUUGUACAAGGACGAAGGAGGAGACCAAAAAUCUAAUCUAGAUUCUAGAAGAAGAUGGUUGGUCAGUCUGAUUAAUCUAAAUCAUUUUUGCCUAAUUGGCCAUUCAAGUAGGGUGGAUGUCCUUUUUCAUCUUUCCUCUUUUGGGGUCCCUGUUACAAGUAGCUUAGCUAUAACGUGGGAUGUCAAUUGAAGAGAAUGUGUAAUCAAGGACUCAAUUUUUUUAUUUUUUAGAGAAGCAUUAUGUUUCUGUCGGUUGAUUGUUUUGUUUGUUUCCGGUUUAAUUAAAUUCAACAUGAUGAAUGCGCAAG